GCCGGGUCCAUUUUCUUUUUUCUUCAGUGUAUCGGUAUCAGUCUCAGUAUCAUCAUCAUUCUUCCUUCUCUUCUUUGUCUUCCGUGAGCGAUACAUGCUUUCAUUGUGCUCGCGUGGUGGGUCUGCAGGACAAUGAAUAUCCCUGCCAACGGUUCAGGCGAUUCUGUGAAUUGAGCUUGACGAUUGAACCGUACCCCUUGCCAUGCGCACAGGUUCUCGGUGACCUACUUUUACAUAUUCGAUGAGAACGCUGAAUAUUGUUUUCAUAUGGACAUGAUGUCGGUAGCUCUUGGGGCCGGCACCGGUCCGUUCAACACGAACUUGUCUUCAACAGCCUCCGGCUCAGACCUGCAUUCCACGCAUUCGGCGACCAGCUCAGGUCCCUGGGCUGCAACAUCCACCUCCUCCCUCGCCUCCCUGAACGACUACACCAACUACCCUUUGAUCCGUCAAGGCGACCGUACCUAUCUCCGCGACCCCGAGAAUAACUACCCCCUACCAUGCGACCUUCCCGAGAUCCAGCGUCAGAUCCUGCGCUCCCUCAUGCUGAUGCGUGUGUUCGGUGGCCCUUUUUGUAACCCAUACCUGGCCGACAAACCACCAAAGCGAGUUCUAGACCUGGCCUGCGGCUCCGGUCUUUGGUCGAGCAUGUGCCAUGAUUAUUUCGCUCGCCGCGGGCAUCGCGAUGUGGCUCUCUAUGGUAUUGAUAUAGUGAACGUCGCACCGGAUCUUCGCAAGAAUGGCGUCAAUUGGCACUUCAAGCGACACGACCUUCGCAAACCCCGCUUACCCUUCCCCGACGAUUAUUUCGAUUUCGUAUUCAUAAAGGAUGCCGCCAUGUGUCCCCUGAGCCCGGCGCAGCAGGCACAAGGUUUGGCCGAACCCCUCAGAGUGCUGAAGUCCGGCGGGAUUCUGGAACUCUGGGAUUCCGAUUCGGUUUUUCGCUCGCUGCUUCCCAAUCCUGCACCAGCUCGCAAGUUAGCCUCAAGAGAACAAGAUACGGCAGAGGCGACUGCGACGUACACAUUUUCAUCCGCGACUCCUUUCACAAAUGCUCAAAACAAAUUUCUGCAAGACUACAACUCCUGGAUAGGGAAGGCGUUUGAUCGCCGCAAACUCACUACCCUGCCGUGUGCCACAAUCGGUCUCGCUUUCAACUCGGAAGUUGAUGUAUUAGGCAAGGUCGAGAGUCGUCGAAUCGCCAUUCCUCUGGGCGAACCACGAUGGGAGCGCGAAGGCGGAAAAGAUGGCAGUGGGCCUCGCAAACAGCUGACCCCCGAUCAGCUCUCCAUUCGACGGACGGCCCUCCUAACUGUCAUUCAGAUGAUAGAAGGCAUGGAGCCCAUGCUCAUGGAAGCCAGCGGCAAGAGCCGGGACGAAUGGGACCGGUGGUGGACUGCCAUGAUAAGUGACUUGUUCCAGAAAGGAGGCCUAGCCAAUGGAGAGUGCUUGGAAGUAAGCGCCUGGUGGGGUCAGAAGAAAUAAGCCCUCGAAAAAAAAAACAGACAGGCAUUGUUUGGACUCUAUGGGAGUAUUUGGUGUUCUGGUAAGGAUGACAAGAAGAAACGACAAAAGCGCAGCGCAGCAACCAUUGCUCAUGUCAUAUUGGUGAUACCCCAACUCGGUUUGGUUGAUAUUAUUGUUCAUUCGGAUGUACAUUUCCACGGUCUUGCUUCAU